AUGUCGGCCCUGUUCCGGCGACCUGCGCGUUCCCCUCUCAUUCUAGGAGGCGUAUUCAUAUUCUAUAUUAUUCUUGUGUUUCUUCCUGCGCAACGCGAGACGCCGCCGCAUGUCCUUGAUUAUGCUAGAAGUAGCUACAACUGGUCGGCGCUGCCUCAGCGCCACCCAGUCUCCCAGUUAACACCAUUACCAAAGCGGCCAUUUCAUAAAUUGCCGAAGGUUCAAUAUGACUUCACAAGACCCAAUAGAACGCGGCGGGAAACUCUGGAGGAACGCCGUUCUGCUGUGAAAGGAAGUUUCUUAAAGAGCUGGAACAGCUACAAGAAUCAUGCCUGGAUGUUCGAUGAACUUGGGCCAGUGGUCGGCUCAGCCAAGAACACUCUUGGAGGUUGGGCAGCCACGUUGAUCGAUGCGUUGGAUACCUUGUGGAUCAUGGAUCUGAAAGACGAAUUCACACUAGCUGUUCAUGCCGCCGCGACCCUCAACUGGGAGACACAAGAAACAUCGGUUAACUUCUUCGAGACAACCAUUCGCCAUCUCGGUGGUCUAAUCAGUGCUUAUGACCUGAGUAAGGAGCCCGUUCUUCUCGAAAAAGCUGUCGAGAUGGGAGAUAUGCUAUACGCGGCAUUCGAUACCCCGAACCGCAUGCCGCCGUUCUGGCUGGACUUUCAGAAGGCGAAGGAUGGCACACUCAUUCCUGGCACGCACGAUCCUUCUGCGUCGAUGGCCUCGGCUGGCCUGGAAUUUACUCGCCUGUCCCAGCUGACUGGAAACGAUAAAUACUAUGAUGCAAUCGACAGAGUCUCUCAAUUCUUGGACAAUACGCAGUAUGAGACAAGACUGCCUGGUCUAUGGCCCACCUUUUUCGACAUGCUCAACCAAGACAUCACAUCAGAAACCGAAUUUACUCUUGGUGCGUUAGCAGACUCACUUUACGAAUAUCUGCCCAAGAUGUUCGCGAUUACUGGUGGUAAAGUGCCAAUGUACGAGAAAAUGUACCGUGGCGCUAUGGAUGCUAUUACCAAGAACCUCUUGUUUCGCCCGAUGCUGCCUGGCCAGGAUGAUAUUUUGUUCACUGGCGAUUUGACUGCUGAUGGUUCCGGCCAGCCAGUCUUGAGGGGCGAAGGUCAACACCUAUCAUGCUUUGUAGGCGGCAUGUACGGCUUGGGUGGCAAGCUCUUAAAUGUCCCGGAGCAUGUUGAAAUCGGCGAAAAGAUCGCCAAGGGGUGCGCGUGGAUGUACGAUUCUUUUCCCACCGGAGUCAUGCCCGAGAUCUACAAUCUCUUUCCAUGCCCCAGUCUCGAGCCAUGUGCUUGGGACGAACAAUUGUGGCAGAAAGAGGGGGAUACUGCACUCAGAAAGGGCAUCAGGAAUGCUCGGGACCCACGAUAUAUCUUGCGGCCCGAAGCGAUCGAAAGCAUAUUUAUCAUGUAUCGCAUUACGGGCAAAGAGGAAUAUCAAGAAAUUGCUUGGAGAAUGUUCCAAGCCAUUAAGAAGUCAACGGAAACGGAGCUGGCUGCGUCUGCCAUUAGUGACGUUACAGUUACCGGCGAAACGGAGAAGCUGAACUCUAUGGAGAGCUUCUGGUUGGCGGAGACUCUAAAGUACUUCUGGCUCAUUUUCUCGCCGCCGGAUCUGAUCAGUCUCGACGAAUACGUGCUGAACACGGAAGCCCACCCGUUCUUGCGACCAAAGUAA